AUGUUACUUCGAAACAGUCUCUGCCGGUUCUCUACGCCGUCGAGCUGGAUCUCGCGGGCUUCUCCAUCCAUUGCCAUGCCUCUUCGCGCCAAAGUGACCAACCCGGCUUUCGGAGUUACUGCCAAGAUGUCGACGCUGGCAGAGCUCACCAAACCCCAAGAAGGGGACGAAACCGACGAUGUCCUCUUCAAUUCUCUCUACGGUGUUCGAUUGGUCGAAUUGAACCGACCUGCGAAGUUCAACGCCUUAAACGGUUCGAUGGCACGGAAGAUUCUCCCCAGAUUGAAGGAAUGGGAGAAAUCCGAAUUGGCGAAUGUGAUCAUGGUUUCUGGCGCCGGGGAGAAAGCUCUCUGCGCAGGAGGAGAUGUUGCUGCUCUGGCUCUGCAGAAUGAGCAGGGUAUCGAGGGACAGAAGAAGUCGUCGGAUUUCUUUGGACUCGAAUUCCGCCUCGACCACGCUAUCGCGGGCUACAAGAAACCUUACAUAUCCGUCAUGGACGGCGUUACUAUGGGGGGUGGUGUCGGUCUCAGUGUGCACGCUCCUUUCCGGAUUGCGACAGAGCGGACAUUGUUCGCCAUGCCCGAGACCACCAUUGGAUAUUUCCCAGACGUUGGAGGCUCUUUCUUCCUGUCUCGUCUUGACGGUGAGAUUGGAACCUACUUGGCUCUGACUUCGGAGCGUUUGAAGGGCGUGCAGUCCUUGUACGCCGGCAUUGCUACCCACUACAUUGACUCAAGCGUUUUGGGCAACAUGACGCAACGUCUGUCAGAGCUGGUCUUCAAGGACUACUCCAGCUUGCGGGAGCGACUGGAUCUGGUCAACCAGACUAUCUCCGAAUUCUCAACGGGCCUGCCCUCCAUCCAGGAGCAGCCUAUUCUUCUGGCCGGAAACCUGCGGAAUGCCAUCGACCGCUGCUUCCAGUACAACAGUGUGGAGGAGAUCUUCCAGGCUCUCGAGAGAGAAGCGGAGCAGAAGGAAUGGGCGCAGAAGACUCUGGAGACCCUGUCCAGCCGGUCUCCCACGUCUCUCAAGGUGGCUCUCCGCGCACUGCGCUUGGGCAGGAGAUGGACUAUCGACGAGACCUUCCAGCGUGAGCAUGGGAUUGCGGCACACUUCAUGAGACACCCGGACUUUGUGGAGGGCGUCAAGGCCCGACUCAUGUCCAAGCCGCCGCGCCAGGCCUCGUGGCAGCCCGCGACUCUCAGUGAAGUGACCGACGAGUAUGUUGCCUCGUUCUUCAAGCUGCCUGAGGGCGAGUCUCGGAUGGAACUAUUUGGUGAUGCCGAGUUCCGGGAAUACCCUCAUGCCCAGUACGCUCUUCCCUCUGAACAGGAGAUCGAGCGGUUUGUCCGGGAUACAUCGAAAGACCGAAACGAGACGGUCAACCAAUUCGUCAGCAAAUGGGGUCAGAAGGAAGGCGUGAAGGAGAAGGUCGCCGAGGUUCUCGCUCGUCGGACGGUCAGCGACGGAAAGGGAGGAUUGAAGUGGGACUAA